AUGAGUCCCCAGACUACCGCAAGCCACCUCACUGAGCCGGACCGGCCAGCCCACCCAACCCGCAAUGACACCAGCUACUCCAAGUUUUCCGUCUUGUCCGUGCCGCCUGAGGGUUCCAUCUUGACCGGCAAGCAGGAGCACUACCUCAAGCGUGAACUCAUAUCGAGACAGACAAAGUACGAAAUAUCCGAGCUUUCCUCUCCUACGGCUUUGAGGCGCUUUGGCGCACCCUUUCGCUCGGAUGCAGGCGAAGUUGCGCCCGAAGAUUCUGAACUGCCCCUCCUCCGCUACAUUUUUGUCAACCAUGUGCGAAAUUUCCCCUUCUUGGACAAAGCCAAGGAAAAGGAGUUCUGGCAGGACAAACUUCAAGUCUUUUUGGAAUCGUUCGCGAGCAAAGACAUUUCGUCUUCAGAGGACCGCCUCGAGGAGACCAAGCGAAGGAAACUGGCACUCAAGGCCGAGAAGUUGGUCGAGCUCAUGAUGGUCUCCGGUAUUCCGACCGCGUCGGGCUACGAGGAGAGAAUUCGCUUUGCAGAAAUGGAAAUCGUCGACCGACAAGCUGACGAAAAGGGUCUCACGAUGAAUGCGCCGAGCGGUCAUUCUAUUAAUGGCUGGGAUGUAAACGUUGCGGGCGUCAGGACAACAUCGGUGAAGAGACACCUUCGAUAUCAUACACAUGCAGAGUACAUUAUACGUGUCAGACAAGGACAUGGCCAAGAUAUUUACAUUGGUCGUCGAUAUGCCGAUUUCGUUCAAUUACACAAGCGGAUACGCCUUGAGCUCCCCGGCAAGGUUCUCGCUCCGCUACCCCGGAAGAAUGCCAAAGAUGGAAUCCUACAAUCAAAUGCCGAUGACGACGAAGUUAGUUCCAUCUCCUCGGAAUCUACUCAAGGACCGCCUCCUAUCGAAUCCAAUGAGAGCAGCGGUGGUGGUGGUGGUGGUGGUCUUAGGAGCUACAUUUUUGGUGGCGGACACAAGAAAAAUGCAUCGCAAAGCUCACUAGGAAAGCGUUCACCACGGCCUUCAGGGGAGUUUUCUGGAUACAAACCCCCUCGCAAACUGUACCGAGAAGAGCAGCGUGUUUCCCUUCGUGCGUUCUUGCGAUCAUUCUUGCACAAUGAGCGGAUUGCACACUCAAAUGCCAUGGCUGAGUUUCUCACACGCGACCCUAUAGAAAUCAAUGAAGAAGAAAUGGAGGACAUUCAGAGACGAGAAGAAAUGGACCAAAGGCGCAUAGAAGAGCAAAAGCAAUUUUACGAAGUCGCACGACAACGAGCAGCAGAGCUCGAUAUUCAUAUGGAGAAGUUCAGACGAGAGAUAGUAGAGAGCAAUGGACUUUCUCAUCUGUUUCAGGAGAUCAGGGUUAAAAACAGUAUCAGGGAACUCAAACCGGAGUAUCAAAAGUUUGCCGAGUGGCUACGGAUAGAAGUUGCUGCCACUCUCUACCACUUGUUCUUGGCAGAAGACAAUUCCCCGGAGCUUUUUGCCCAGGCGAAACGCAUACAUUCUUUAGUGCCAUACGGCGUUCUAAAAAACGUCAUCAGGAUUGCCAACCCGGCAGCCGUCAUGAGCGGAGUUUUGGAUCUUUUCCUUGCACAGCCCUUCGGCGCUCGAUCGCUUUUGCAGCGUAUAUUUGGCAUGGCUAUCAACGAUGGCGUUAACUCUGUGCAAAAGACCAUCACCAUCCUCGCAUCAACAAGGAUCAAGGACGAUGUGCUCUGCGACAAGAUUAAAGCAUACGUGCAAGCUGAUGAGGGUGUAAAGGAUAUUAUCCGUCAGGAGGCUGCGAGCGAGAAUGUGGAUGUUGUGGUCACCAUAUUGCGAUCAGAGUACUUUCAACCAGAGCUGAGCCCGCAGCAGGUCGAGAAGGUAUUCAAUGCUUAUGUUGCCUGGAACAACGCAGUCGAAAAUGUCGAAAAAGAAAUGCGCUCAGGCGCAGAGCUCUUCGCUCACCUUAAGCAAUACCUGAAGCUCUGCUUACGUCAAAGAGAUAAGCUUAUGAUGCUUCAAAUCAUCGAGGAGCCGACAACACUGCAACUAUUCCGGGAUUUGUUCACCAUCUUUUAUGAACCCUUGGUUCGCGUCUACAAGUCUGCGAACGUCUACAACAGUAUUACUGACUUUGCCCUUUUCGCCGAUGACACUAUCAAGACGAUUGAAGCAUGCCAACGACAGGAAGUCUCAGCUGACCCCAACCAAACCGUUCAAGCGUUUAUCGAUUUGUGCGCCCGUCAUGAGGACAAUUUCUACAAGUUCGUUCACGAAGUGCACAAGCACGACAACGGUCUUUUUGACCAACUUAUGGGCUGGCUGGAGGGCAUCUUGGACUUCUUGCGCCAUGGUCCUGGAAGUGGUGGUAAGCUCGACAUGAAUGCACUCUUCCGGGGCGCUAUAGACUCGAACUUGAUCGACAAGGAAAAGGCAAUUAGCGAGAUCAAUAGUUUGAUCAAGUGGCAAAUGGCCAGGAAGAAGUGGCACUCGGACAAGACGAGGCAGAAGAUGGCGAGCGGGGACGAGCCUGAUCCACUGAUUGGCGGUAUUGCUGGCUUCAAGUCUAGCGACUUUGGCCUCAACGCGAUGGAUCUCCAAGACCUUGAACUUGAUGACAACGGCAGCGAUUCAACCGAUUCGGAAGACAUGGAUGAUGCAGACGUUGCAGACCCGAUUGAAGCUGAGCGCAAGAGUAGAGCCAAAGCUGCGGACCGGUUACGCAGGAAGGCAGGCGAGCCUGAGAAGCCGCAUAUCGAAGAGCUAUACAAGCUCAACGAUAGUUUCAACAGCAUGCUUCGAAGCGUACUUGCGUCCUGA